UUGGUAUAAUCAAAGUUUCUCUUACCCACUCUCUCUCUCUCUCUCUCUCUCUCUCUCUCUCUCUCUCGUUUACAACCUUUUCACGUGUCUCUCCCUUUCAAACUUCUGUUCUCUUCUGUUCUUCGCUCUGUUUGUUUCCUGGGAAAAGCAAAAACCCACAAUUGUGUGUUUUUUUAUUACAAAAACUUGUUAGGGUCGGUGGUUAAUGUUUCUUUGUAGGGUUGUCUUUACACUUUGUUUGUUUUAAGGGUUUAAUAAAAAAAUGGAAGGAACGAAACAAUUGGGUUCUUCUUCUUCUUCAUCUUCUUCUUUCACUUCUGAACUCUUUGGUUCCAAUGACUCACAUCCAUCCUCUGCUUCUGGAUUUUUUGACACUAUUUUCUCUCCAUCUUCUAAGGUGUUUGAAAGAGAGUCUAUGCGCUCAGCGAUGAAUGGAAAAACUGCCACUGAGGGAUCAAACUCCAAAACUGGAACUCCAGAUUACAUCAAUAAGGAAAGUGAAGGUGAAACUAAGAAGACAACAAAUAAGGAUAUGAGUUAUAUUUAUCAAGAACAAAGAGUUCAACCAUGUCACCUUAGUUCAUCAAUCUAUUAUGGUGGCCAGGACAUAUAUUCUCAUCCUUCGAACACACGGGAUUCGGGAUUGAACACUACGUACAAGAAAGAUAGCGGAGAAGAUGAUGCAGGAAGUGCCUCUAGAGGAAAUUGGUGGCAAGGAUCUCUCUAUUAUUAAAAGAUCACACACUUGCCUAGGGAAAUAUGCUCCUCAAGGUAAAUAGGAAGAUAGUGUGACAGUUUCCUAUAGUUAUACAUAUUUCUUUUCAGUUUCCUGUACAGAAUAAUGUAUAAGCUGUAUGGUAUAGGAAUAUGUAUCAUUAGCAACUUUUAUGUUGCUGAUGAUUCUAGCUUUCACAUUAAUGGGUUGAAACUCUAUUUUUAGUAGUUUCAACUCUAUGUAAUUUGCAUUUUAUAUGUAAUGAUUACAGAGUAUCAGUGGCUGAACUAAAAUAAUGUACUUUAUGAGUGUAUUUCCCUCUACUUUAUAUACUCUUUGUAUGGCUAAUGCUACCGUCGACCACCUUCACAAGUGGUCCACCGUGCUUAUUAUUGUUUUUGGUUAAAUAAACAUAAUGGUGGCAAGUAAGCAACCACUUCAAGUCGA